AUGGACUCCUUUCUUAAUUUUUCUCACAAGCCACCAUCGCGGUUCUCUCCACAAUACUCUUCCAUGACCGACGUUGCGUGGCAGCAGACAGACGAUCUGCCUUACUCGUCCAGCAGCAGCUUCUACACCGCGCCUGAGCUGGACUAUUCACACGAGCCACAGUAUCUCGAGCUACCUCCUCCUCUGCAACAAUUUCCCCAACGCAGUAGUUCCCUCUCCCAGUAUCAACGCCAGCAUCAGCACCAGCAUUAUCACCAAUAUCAUCAUCCGUAUCAGAACCAAUAUCAAGACCAGUAUCAGCAUAACCAGUACACUAUGGCGACCGUUGCCGCUCAGCGGCCCCCUCUCCAUGUCACGAUCCCAACUACUCCCCUUGAAGGGGGUCAAACCCGAGCACAGAAUGAUCAACGCGAUGGACAGGACAGUGAUCCUACGACUCCGACACAAAAACAGAAAGUGAAAUUCCUGGAGGACGACGACGACUCAGACUCCAAGUCAGACCAGAGCUCGAUCUGCCAGUCCCCAAGUUGGGAAGGGUACGGGAAGAAGAAGAAGGAUAAGAAGAAGGAGAAGAAGCAAGUUGAGAAGGAGGUCAAGAAGAAGAGGAGCCCGGCGCGCCUCAGCAAGCUUCCCCCUCCCACGACGCCGAAUGGCAGCCGACCCUCCGGCCUUACGAACGCCGACCGGUCCAAGUCUGACACAGUCCUGUCCCAGAACUGGCAGCAAGGCACUCUCCGUCCUGGCCCCAGGCUUGAGGACAUUGGUCGGGCCGUCUCGACCGAUGACUUUGACCAGGGCGAAAAUCACUGGACCGGUGCUGCCGGCGACCAGGCCUCGAGCGGUAUCCAGCCUCGGAACGUACCCCGGCCCCCGCGCGAUGCUUACCCGCCUGCUGGGUCCAGGACGCCCCAGGCCAACAGCAGGAGUCAACAAGGUUCUCCUGACCGCAAUCGCUCGCAGGAAUCACUGGCUGGAGAUGGGUACGUCCUCCAGCACCGGGCGCAGGCUACAGCACGCGCCCUGGCCAACGUGGCCGACGAGCAGCUCAUGCACGCCAUCGAGAACUAUGCGCCCAGUAUUCACGAGCUCAACCAAUCGUCACGGCGGACGUCGCUCGCGGUAGACCCCAAGGCCGCUGCGCUGUGGCUUGUGGGUAAGAGGCCGAGGUCGAGGACAAGACAAGACGAGAUCGCUGUAGGGGACAAUGAUAUACUGUCGUUCAAGGCAGUGCCGUACAGCCAGUCCAGCGCCAGCAUGCCUCCUCCGAAGUUUGUCGACACCGUCCCGAACAAGGGGAAGCUGAGCCCGGAGGAGAUUGCCGAUCUGCUGGCCAAAGCGAAGGUGAAGGACGAAAAGAGGGCUGCGUCCCGUCGCGCGAGCCAAUCUCCGCGCCAGUCGCCGACUCAACGGCCUCAGGACGUUGCUCCUAACGCCACAACCACAACCACCACCACAACCACCACCACCGCAACCAAAACCACUGCCGCAGCUUCGCCAUCUUCUGCUCCUGCCAAGUCCAAUGAAACGAGCCAGCAAUCAGAGAACUCGUCCUCAUCGUCUGUGCUUGGCGACGUCUCGCCUCUUCCGUCCAGGACUUCUACUCCGGACACUUCACGGCCGCAGUCGGCUAAGGAUGUGCCGAUUUUUGGCGAGCAGGCGCAAGAUAAGACAGAAAAGAAGGGCAAUGGCCAGUCUUCCGAGCAAAGACGUAGGCAAGGCUCCGACUCAGACGGGUCAAGAAGCUCGUAUCCAAUCGAUCUGGACGCCUACACCUACGUCACUCCUUUGGUCUUGAACAACGAAAAGGAAGCCCAGGCCUCUCAAGCCGUGGCCGGAGCGGCCUCUACUUCCGCUCCUAAGCCAGAGUCUCAGGCUCCCGAGCAGCAGCAGCAACAGCAGCAACAAUCCGAAGCAGCCCGGAAACCUGGCUCGUCAUCAGAAACCCCCGACCCUGAACGUCCCAAAUCCCGCUCCCAGUCCCUCCCGCGCAAGGGCAAAGCCCGCGCAGCCCCUGCUCCCCUCCAUCUCGACGGCAACAACAGUGACUCCCAACAACUCCCUCUCAAGCCUGCCCUCAAAUCCCCGCGCCGCAUCCCCGGCUCCCCUCUCUCCUCUGCCGCCCCCUCCACCCGCGCCUCAUCUCCCGCCCGCAGCCCCCUCCGCUCCGAGUUCUCUGUACCCCCGCCCCCGCCCCCGCCGAUGCCUCACAGCCCCGGUCUGCCCCCGGCAGACAUGGCGAGCCUUCAGCCCCCCUCGUUCCCCGGCUCCCGACCGACAUCGAGCCAUGCUUCCGGAGCAUCGACGCCGUCGCAAAGAACGUCGAAUGCCAGUGGUCCUGUAUCGAUUCUCAAGAACGGAAACAGCAAUGGAAAAGCUCCUGCAGCGCCGUCCGACGCUCUGGCGCGCACGUCCGGCCUGCCGCGACACCUGCAGCGGCCCGGCACCGCUACCCCAUCAUCCUCCACGUCGGGUAGCAACCCGGGGAUGAUGAUGAGUAUGCCACCCGCGAUGCCGGUCGGCAAGAUGUUCGUGGAGUGCUGCAACUGCCAUUUCUACCACGACAUGCCGGCCAAGAUUUAUGAAUGCAUGGCGAGACCGGACGCGGUGGUGGUGGCAGACGAGGAAAGCGGAUUGAGCGGGCAGGUGACGACGAUGGUGAGGUGUCCUUGGUGCGGGCAUCCGAUGAGUAGAGGGUGCUGUGCGGGGUAUGUGGCGGUUGUUUAUAUCAAGGAGAGAUUGCAUUGA